UGUGGUCACUGGCCCCACCCCCGAAAAUUGGCACGUGCGCUCUGGGUGAAUCGACGGGGCGUGGCUCACUAAACCCCGCCCAUCCGUUGUGACAAAAUGGCCCACGUGAUGGGCGUGGUCGGAACAAGCCCGCCCCACCCCACACGGGGGUGAAUGAGCGGGGCCAUGGCCACCCCACGCCCACCUCCAACUCGCGCCGUUGCCACAGCGACGGCGGCUGCGCGCGGGAACGGGGGCCAGGCGCCCCCUGCCGGAGAGCGCUGAGGUGACACAGCCGUUCUAUCAGCCGCCGCCAUGGGCUCUGUGCGUUCCCUGUCUGCUGUCAGCUCUGCCCUGAGCCACAGCAAGGCCGAGGAUGAGGAGGGUGAGAAUUUAUUGGGCAGCCAGGAGCCUGUGGAGGACAUGGCCAAGAUUCCCUACAUGGAAUUCACAGGCCAGGACAGCGUCACCUGUCCCACCUGCCAAGGCACCGGAUGCAUCCCCACAGAGCAGGUGAACGAAUUGGUAGCUCUGAUCCCCUACAGUGACCAACGGCUUCGCCCUCAGAGAACGAAACUCUAUGUGCUGCUCUCAGUGCUGCUCUGCCUUCUGCUGUCUGGCCUGGGGGUUUUCUUCCUGUUCCCCCACUCCGUGCUGGUGGAGGAUGAUGGCAUCAAAGUGGUCCAGGUGUGGUUUGACAGGAAAAACUCUGCUGUCCUCCUGGCCAUCACGGCCACCCUGAGGAUCAGAAAUUCCAACUUCUACUCAGUGGCAGUGAGCAGCCUGAGCAGCCAGGUGCAGUACAUGAACACUGUGGUGGGCAGCCAGCAGCUCACCAACAUCUCCAGCAUCCAGCCCCUGAGUGACAAACUGGUGAAUUUCACCGUGAAGGCAGAGCUGGGUGGAUCCCUGUCCUAUGUGUAUUUCUUCUGCACUUUGCCCAAGGUGAAGGUCCACAACAUCGUGAUCCUCAUGAGGACCUCGGUGAAGCUCUCCUACAUUGGCCACAGCACCCAGAGCACCCUGGAGACCUUCCAUUACCUGGACUGCAGCUCAAACUCCUCAGCACUGCUGCCUGCCCUGGCCCAGGGGGCUCCCUGAGGGCUCCUGGGGGCUCCCUGAGGGCUCCUGGGGGGCUCUGAGCGACCUGGGGCUACCUCAGGCUGGCAGCAGGCACCGGGAGUGUGUGGGGACAAACCCGGCAGCUCUGAGGCUCCUUCUCUUCUUUUUGGGAACGAAUCUGGAACUUUCCCUCCUGAAUGAAGGGCUGAAGUUAUGAAGAUUUACAGUGGUUUGCACCUGUUCUGGAAGCUUGGCACUGUCGGGGUGUUUUGGGGUAAAUGGAUUUAAUUUUUGAGAGUAAAUAAUUUAUUUUUUCAGGGGAAAUGAAUUUAUUUUCCUGCUCAGUGGUGGCAGCACCUCAGGACCCCAGAAAGGGGACAGUUCCCACCAGGAAUGUCCCUCUGUUACACUCGGGAAGGAGGCAAAGGAACCCAAAUCUUUGGAAUGAACUUUUUCCUCCUUUUUCCCCUGUGGCUCCAACAUAUUUGGCAUCCAGAGGCUCUUUCCUGGGGUUUGAAAUCCGGGAAUUUGCUGCUUUUUAUGCUCCAUUUCCCACAGCAGCAGGGAUUGGAAGGGGUUUUGUGGGAGGCUGGGAUUCCAAGGCCUCCCUGCCGGGAGCUGGACAUUCCUGCCGGCCGCUAUCCCGAGGAAAAUCCAGCUGCCAGCUCAGCCCCCGCAGCCCUUUGGCAUUUUGCCCCUUUUUGGGAGUUUUCUUCUGGAAUUUCAGCCCUCGUUUCCCAUGGGAUUUGGGAGCCAGGCACAGCUACAGGUGGGGGAAUCCUUCAGUGGAAAAAUUACUGGAUUUUUGGGUGAGAGUGACACAAAAUCCACACUUUGCUCCCUUUUCUGACAGGAGAUUCCUGCCCCUGCAGUGUUUUUAGGGCUGAAUCCUUCAUUAAACCUGAUUUGGAUA